AUGGUUUCUUCUGAGAAUUUAUUGGCGAUGGAACAGCCAUGGGGGCCGUUCUGUCAAACGUUUGCUGAUUCUUGGUUUUGCGAUGUCUUUUCUAAAGAAACGGAAGCUCUGACAAAAGUCUUGCAGAAUUCGCUCACGAAUCCGUCGAUUGAGAAUAAUUCCAGUUAUGAAAUUUCGACGGAUACGGUUGAGUCUUUUCUGGCUAGUCCCGAAUUGACGCCCGUGCAGACGCCCACUGCUGCGGGAGGUUUAGGAAGUGGAGUUUCGGUUUCGAAACGCCGGAUUGACGCGCCGACUGGGAGGAUAAGUAAGCGGAAGUCGCGCCUGUCGAAGCGGGCGGCGGCUACGACGUUCAUCACGACAGAUCCGGCGAAUUUCCGACAGAUGGUGCAGGAGGUGACGGGGGUGAGAUUCGGUGGUUUGAAGGGUCAGUUUGCGGCGGCGCAAGUGGUGAAGCCGGAGCCGCAAAGAGCUAUGAGUUACAUGCAGGAUGGUGGAUGCUUGCCAACUCUUGACACUUCAGCCUUUUUGCUGGACCAAGCGGGGUCCAGUUCAUCUCUAUCUGUUGAACGGCUGGCGGCCAAUGUUUCUCCUUCACAGCCCAUAUCGGUGGGUGACGGCGGUGGUGGUGCUGGCUUUGAAUUUGAGUCCUAUUGUAGCUUUCCAACUCUCGAGUCUUGGAAAGCUGUGUGGAUAAGUUUGGCCGGUGGCAUGAUACUGCAAAACCAAAUAGCUUAUUUGAAUCUUGAUGCACUUUUUACAAGGGACGAACACAAUCUUAAGGAGAGCACUAUCCCGUGUGAUGCAAUCUUCUAUUGA